UGGAAUCUUCUAGCACUUGGAUCAUAGAAUUUCAGGGGGAGGAGAAGGCAGCUUGGCUGAGAGGACUGGUCCAAGCCACCUAUCAAGCUUCUGCACCUCUGUCGGGGGAUGUACUUGGUCAAACGAGUGAUGGUGACUUCCAUGAACCUCAGACCAGGAAUAUGAAAGCUGCUGAUCUAGUUAUUACUGGUGCUUUGGUUGAGACGAAGUUGUACUUGUAUGGAAAGAUAAAAGAUGAAUGUGAUGAGCAGGUUGAAGAGGUUCUGCUUCUUAAGGUUCUUGCUUCCGGAGGAAAGGUGCACGUGAUAAGUUCCGAGAGUGGUUUAACUGUUAGGACAAAGUUGCACUCUCUGAAAAUCAAAGAUGAACUUCAGCAGCAGCAGUCAGGAAGUGCUCAGUAUUUGGCGUACUCUGUUCUGAAGAACGAAGACAUUCAAGAAUCAUUAGAAACAUGGGAUUCUUUUGACAAGGAGAUGCCUGUAGGACAUGCAGAUGAUGAAGAUGCCUACACUGAUGCUUUGCCAGAGUUUCUGUCUCCUACAGAACCAGGUACUCCGGAUAUGGAUAUGAUUCAAUGCAGCAUGAUGAUGGACUCCGAUGAACAUGUGGGACUUGAGGAUGCUGAAGGAAUAGUUCAUGAAAAAGAUACAACUCAGGGAAAAGUUCUUUGCGAUGAGGUCUUCUAUGAGGUGCAGGGUGGGGAAUUUUCUGAUUUUGUAUCAGUUGUUUUCUUGACGAGGAGCUCCAGUUCCCACGAUUAUAAUGGAAUCGACACACAGAUGAGCAUUCGCAUGUCAAAACUGGAGUUCUUUUGUAGCAGACCAACUUUAGUUGCUCUAAUUGGUUUUGGAUUUGACUUGAGCACGGCAUCAUACAUUGAAAAUGCUAAAGACGCCAACAAUUCGGCAUCUGAGAAAUCUGAUAGUGAGAAAGAAACAAAUGAUGAAAGUGGACGCAUUGAAGGCUUACUUGGAUAUGGCAAGGAACGUGUUGUGUUUUACCUGAACAUGAAUGUUGAUAAUGUGACUGUGUUUCUUAACAAGGAGGAUGGUUCUCAGCUUGCGAUGUUUGUGCAGGAACGAUUUGUGUUGGACAUUAAGGUUCACCCGAGCUCUCUUUCAAUAGAAGGGACUCUGGGAAAUUUCAAACUCUGUGACAAGUCGUUGGACUCUGGAAACUGUUGGAGUUGGCUCUGUGACAUACGUGAUCCUGGUGUUGAGUCUCUCAUCAAGUUCAAAUUCAGUUCCUACAGUGCUGGAGAUGACGACUAUGAAGGAUAUGAUUAUAGCUUAUCUGGUAAACUGUCGGCUGUUCGUAUUGUAUUCCUCUACAGAUUUGUUCAAGAGGUCACAGCGUACUUCAUGGGACUUGCCACUCCUCAUACUGAAGAAGUCAUUAAACUUGUUGACAAAGUUGGAGGAUUUGAGUGGCUCAUCCAGAAAGAUGAAAUGGAUGGUGCUACUGCGCUGAAACUGGACCUUUCAUUAGACACUCCAAUAAUUGUUGUCCCUAGAGAAUCUCUUAGCAAAGAUUACAUUCAACUUGACCUUGGUCAGCUGGAGGUAUCAAAUGAUAUAAGUUGGCAUGGGUGUCCGGAGAAAGACCCAAGUGCUGUACGUGUAGAUGUUCUUCAUGCGAAGAUUCUUGGACUAAAUAUGUCAGUAGGCAUAAAUGGUUCAAUUGGUAAACCAAUGAUACGUGAAGGCCAGGGACUGGACAUCUUUGUCCGGCGCAGCCUAAGAGAUGUUUUUAAAAAAGUCCCAACAGUUUCAGUUGAGGUUAAGAUUGAUUUCUUGCAUGCUGUGAUAUCUGACAAAGAAUAUGAUAUUAUUGUAAGUUGCACAACCAUGAAUUUGUUUGAGGAGCCAAAGCUACCUCCAGAUUUCCGUGGCAGCAGUUCUGGUCCCAAAGCUAAAAUGCGUCUACUGGCUGACAAAGUUAACUUGAAUAGUCAGAUGAUAAUGUCACGUACAGUUACCAUACUGGCUGUUGAUAUCAAUUAUGCUCUUCUCGAGUUACGUAAUAGUGUUAAUGAAGAGUCACCAUUAGCUCAUGUUGCGCUUGAAGGAUUAUGGGUAUCCUACAGGAUGACGUCACUAUCUGAGACAGACUUGUAUGUGUCAGUUCCUAAAGUUUCUGUUCUUGAUAUCCGUCCUAACACGAAGCCUGAAAUGCGAUUGAUGCUCGGCUCAUCAGUCGAUGCUUCCAAGCAAGCUUCCUCUGGAUCUUUUCCCUUUUCUCUGAAUAAGGGAAGCUUUAAGCGAGUCAACUCUAGGGCUGAUCUUGAUUUUGACGCACCAUGUUCAACAAUGUUGCUGAUGGAUUAUAGAUGGCGAGCAUCCUCUCAGUCAUGUGUUUUGCGGGUUCAACAACCUCGUAUCCUAGCUGUUCCUGACUUCCUUCUUGCGGUUGGUGAAUUUUUUGUUCCAGCUUUGCGUGCAAUAACAGGAAGAGACGAAACAUUAGAUCCAACAAAUGAUCCAAUCACCCGAAGUCGUGGCAUAAUUCUCUCUGAGCCUCUCUAUAAACAAACGGAAGAUGUUGUGUACUUGUCUCCUUGUAGACAGUUAGUAGCAGACUCAUUAGGCAUUGAUGAGUAUACUUAUGACGGAUGCGGAAAGGUAAUAUCUUUGAGUGAGCAAGGAGAGAAGAAUUUAAACAUAGGAAGAUUAGAACCCAUCAUAAUCGUUGGACAUGGAAAGAAGUUGCGGUUCAUCAAUGUGAAAAUUAAGAAUGGACCGCUUCUGAGCAAGUGCAUUUACUUGAGUAACGAUAGUAGCUGUUUAUUUUCUCCGGAAGAUGGUGUUGACAUCUCAAUGUUAGAAAACGCCUCAUCAAAUCCUGAGAAUGUGCUUAGCCAUGUGCACAAAUCAUCAGAUGUUUCAGACGCUUGUCAAUAUGAUUCGAAGUCUGGUCAGAGUUAUACCUUUGAAGCUCAGGUUGUUUCUCCUGAGUUCACCUUCUUUGAUGGUACAAAAUCAUCUCUGGAUGACUCCACUGCUGUAGAAAAGCUUUUGCGAGUUAAAUUGGAUUUUAAUUUUAUGUAUGCCUCAAAAGAAAAUGACAUCUGGGUUCGAGCUUUGCUGAAGAACCUGGUGGUUGAAACUGGUUCUGGUCUUAUCAUUCUUGAUCCAGUUGAUAUCUCCGGGGGAUACACUUCUGUCAAAGAGAAAACAAAUAUGUCCUUAACCUCCACUGACAUAUACAUGCACCUUUCUUUGAGUGCUCUUUCUCUCCUACUGAACCUGCAGAGCCAAGUAACUGGGGCUUUACAAUCUGGAAAUGCUAUUCCUUUAGCUUCAUGCACCAACUUCCACAGGAUUUGGGUUUCACCGAAAGAAAAUGGACCGAGGAACAACCUCACAAUUUGGAGACCGCAGGCUCCUUCAAACUAUGUCAUAUUGGGAGACUGUGUGACGUCAAGGGCAAUUCCUCCUACACAAGCUGUAAUGGCAGUAAGUAAUACAUACGGGCGUGUGAGGAAGCCAAUUGGGUUUAAUUGUAUUGGCCUGUUCUCUGUUAUUCAAGGUUUAGAAGGGGCUAAUGUUCCACAUUCCCGUGAUAGCAAUGAGUGUUCCCUCUGGAUGCCUGUAGCUCCUGCAGGAUACACUGCUAUGGGUUGUGUUGCAAAUUUAGGAAGUGAGCCACCAGCUGAUCACAUUGUUUAUUGUCUGAGGUCUGACCUUGUAUCUUCCAGCAGUUUCUCUGAGUGCAUAUACACUGUGCCCUCCAGUUCAUUAUUUGAGUCUGGAUUCAGCAUGUGGCGUGCUGAUAAUGUUCUUGGAUCAUUCUAUGCUCACACUUCAACUGCAGAACCUUCUAGAAAAUAUAGCCCUGGCCUCAGUCAUUGUCUUCUUUGGAAUCCCCUUCAGUCGAAGACAUCUCCAUUAUCUGACCAACCAUCGACAAGUGGAUCUCAGAGCGAGCAAACAAGCGAUCCGACUGGAAGUUCAUCAGGAUGGGACAUUCUCAGGUCAAUUUCUAAGGCAACUAGUUAUCAUGUUUCAACGCCUAACUUUGAGAGAAUCUGGUGGGACAAGGGUGGUGAUCUUCGUAGACCUGUCUCAAUAUGGAGGCCUGUACCACGUCCUGGAUUUGCAAUAUUGGGUGAUAGCAUAACUGAAGGAUUGGAGCCACCUGCACUUGGUAUACUCUUCAAAGCAGAUGACUCUGAGAUUGCUGCCAAACCUGUGCAGUUCACUAAAGUCGCACAUAUUGUGGGGAAAGGUUUUGAUGAAGUUUUUUGCUGGUUUCCUGUUGCACCUCCUGGUUAUGUUUCUCUAGGAUGUGUUCUCUCUAAAUUUGAUGAGGCACCACGUGUGGAUUCGUUUUGUUGUCCACGGAUUGAUCUUGUUAACCAGGCCAACAUAUAUGAAGCCUCUGUCACGAGAUCUUCAAGUUCAAAGUCUUCUCAAUGCUGGAGCAUUUGGAAAGUUGACAAUCAGGCAUGCACUUUUCUUGCGCGUGCUGAUCUUAAAAGGCCUCCAAGUCGGUUGGCUUUCGCUGUUGGAGAAUCGGUGAAGCCGAAGACACAGGAUAAUGUAAAUGCAGAAAUUAAGCUGAGAUGCUUCUCCAUGACACUUCUAGAUGGUUUACAUGGAAUGAUGACUCCUCUCUUUGACACAACUGUCACCAAUAUCAAACUAGCAACUCAUGGUCGUCCUGAGGCCAUGAAUGCAGUACUCAUUUCAUCAAUCGCUGCUUCAACAUUUAACCCGCAGUUGGAAGCAUGGGAGCCGCUUAUAGAGCCAUUUGAUGGAAUAUUCAAGUUGGAAACAUAUGAUACUGCUUUGAACCAAUCAUCAAAGCCAGGAAAACGACUGCGAAUUGCUGCUACUAACAUUUUGAACAUAAAUGUUAGUGCUGCAAACCUUGAAACUCUUGGCGAUGCUGUUGUGUCCUGGAGAAGGCAAUUAGAACUUGAAGAAAGAGCGGCCAAAAUGAAAGAAGAAUCCGCCGUCUCUCGUGAGAGUGGGGUUCUUUCAGCUUUUUCAGCUCUUGACGAAGAUGAUUUUCAGACCAUUGUGGUAGAGAAUAAACUCGGCCGUGACAUAUAUCUGAAAAAGUUGGAGGAGAACUCAGAUGUAGUUGUAAAAUUGUGUCACGACGAAAACACUUCUGUCUGGGUUCCACCGCCAAGGUUCUCCAAUAGGUUAAAUGUUGCAGACAGUUCUAGAGAAGCACGCAAUUACAUGACUGUACAGAUUCUUGAGGCUAAGGGUUUACAUAUCAUUGAUGAUGGUAAUAGUCACAAUUUCUUUUGCACCCUACGCCUCGUUGUUGAUAGUCAGGGUGCAGAACCACAAAAACUUUUUCCUCAAAGUGCUAGGACAAAGUGCGUGAAGCCUUCAACUACAAUUGUCAACGACUUGAUGGAGUGCACUUCCAAGUGGAAUGAACUUUUUAUUUUUGAAAUUCCUAGGAAGGGAUUGGCCAGGUUGGAGGUUGAGGUGACAAACCUUGCUGCGAAAGCUGGAAAAGGGGAGGUCGUCGGGUCGCUUUCGUUUCCUGUUGGACAUGGGGAGAGUACGCUUAGAAAGAUAGCUUCAGUAAGGAUGCUACAUCAUUCAAGUGAUGCAGAGAAUAUAAGUUCCUAUACGCUUCAGAGAAAGAAUGCUGAAGAUAAACAUGACAAUGGGUGCUUGCUUAUCUCAACAUCUUACUUUGAGAAGACUACAAUACCCAACACACUAAGAAAUAUAGAAAGUAAGGAUUUUGUUGACGGAGACACUGGUUUCUGGAUUGGAGUUCGCCCUGAUGACUCAUGGCAUAGCGUUCGCUCGCUGCUUCCGCUUGGUAUUGCUCCGAAAUCCCUACAAAAUGAUUUUAUUGCAAUGGAGGUUUCUAUGAGAAAUGGAAGAAAGCACGCAACAUUCAGAUGUUUAGCUACAGUUGUAAAUGAUUCAGAUGUCAAUUUAGAGAUAUCCAUAUCUUCUGAUCAGAAUGUCUCUUCGGGAGCAAGCAAUCAUAAUGCAUUGAUUGCUGCAAGAUCUUCAUAUGUUUUACCAUGGGGAUGUUUAUCAAAGGAUAAUGAACAGUGCCUGCAUGUCCGACCAACGGCUGAGAACCCUCAUCAUUCUUAUGCAUGGGGUUCGUGCAUCGCGGUGAGUUCUGGUUGUGGAAAAGAUCAACCAUUUGUUGAUCAAGGGUUGCUUACUCGGCAGAAUACUGUCAAGCAAAGCAGCAGGGCAUCUGCAUUUUCUUUGAAAUUAAACCAACUUGAGAAGAAGGAUAUGCUUUUCUGCUGCCAGCCUUCUACUGGGAGUAAACCAUUAUGGCUCAGUGUAGGAGCAGAUGCGUCAGUUCUUCAUACAGACCUCAAUACACCUGUAUAUGAUUGGAAAAUUUCUAUAUGUUCUCCUUUGAAGCUAGAAAAUAGACUUCCUUGUCCAGUCAAAUUCACAGUGUGGGAAAAGACAAAAGAAGGCACCUAUCUUGAGAGACAACAUGGUGUAGUAUCAUCAAGGAAGAGUGCUCACGUAUAUUCGGCAGAUAUUCAGAGACCUGUGUAUCUUACGUUAGCUGUCCAUGGUGGUUGGGCUUUGGAAAAGGAUCCUAUUCCUGUUUUAGAUCUAUCUUCAAGUGACAGCGUGUCAUCCUUUUGGUUCGUCCAUCAACAGAGCAAAAGGAGAUUGCGUGUAAGUAUCGAACGUGAUGUGGGAGAAACAGGGGCUGCACCAAAGACUAUAAGGUUCUUUGUCCCAUACUGGAUUACAAAUGAUUCGUAUCUUCCUCUAGGCUAUAGAGUAGUGGAGAUUGAACCUUCAGAAAAUGUGGAAGCUGGCUCUCCCUGUCUGUCUAGGGCUUCCAAAUCUUUUAAGAAAAAUCCAGUUUUUUCGAUGGAGAGGAGACAACAGAAGAAAAAUGUCCGAGUGCUUGAGGUUAUUGAGGAUACUAGUCCAAUGCCUAGCAUGCUUUCUCCGCAAGAAUCUGCUGGCCGGAGUGGCGUUGUGCUGUUUCCGUCUCAGAAGGAUUCUUAUGUUUCCCCGCGAGUUGGUAUUGCUAUUGCAGCUCGGGAUUCUGAUAUUUACAGUCCUGGAAUUUCUCUUCUUGAGCUUGAGAAGAAGGAACGCAUAGAUGUAAAGGCAUUCUGCAAAGACGCCUCAUACUACAUGCUCUCAGCAGUAUUAAAUAUGACAUCUGACAGAACAAAGGUUAUUCAUCUCCAACCACACACCUUAUUCAUCAACAGGGUGGGCAUGAGCAUCUGUAUUCAGCAGUGCGAUUGUCAGACAGAAGAAUGGAUUAAUCCUUCUGAUCCUCCGAAACUCUUUGGAUGGCAGUCUUCCACCCGGCUUGAGUUGCUGAAAUUACGAGUGAAGGGAUAUAGAUGGAGCACGCCAUUCAGUGUCUUUAGCGAAGGUAUAAUGCGUGUCCCUGUUUCAAGAGAAGAUGGGACUGAUCAAUUGCAGCUAAGAGUACAAGUCAGAAGCGGGACAAAGAACUCACGUUAUGAAGUUAUUUUCAGACCGAACUCUCUCUCUGGCCCUUACAGGAUCGAGAACCGUUCCAUGUUUCUUCCUAUUCGCUAUCGCCAAGUGGAUGGUGUCAACGAGUCUUGGCAAUUUGUUCCUCCUAACGCGGCUGCUUCGUUUUAUUGGGAAGAUCUUGGUAGACGACAUCUAUUUGAACUCCUUGUUGAUGGAAACGAUCCUUCUAAAUCAGAAAAAUACGAUAUUGAUAAGAUAGGUGAUCAUCCACCACGAAGUGAAAAUGGACCUACCAGACCCAUACGAGUUACUAUUUUAAAGGAGGACAAAAGGAAUAUUGUCAGGAUCAGUGACUGGAUGCCAGCAAUUGAGCCUACUUCAAGCAUAAGCAGAAGACUUCCAGCAUCAUCUCUGUCAGAAUUAUCUGGAAAUGAGUCUCAGCAGUCUCAUCUUUUAGCUUCGGAAGAUUCUGAGUUUCAUGUGAUUGUUGAGCUUGCUGAACUUGGAAUCUCUGUAGUCGAUCAUGCUCCUGAGGAAAUACUGUACAUGUCAGUGCAAAAUCUCUUUGUGGCAUAUUCAACCGGCUUGGGCUCUGGACUUAGCAGGUUCAAACUAAGGAUGCAAGGAAUACAAGUUGAUAACCAAUUGCCAUUGGCUCCAAUGCCAGUUCUGUUCAGACCACAGAGAACUGGAGACAAAGCUGAUUACAUUCUGAAGUUUUCUGUUACUUCGCAAUCAAAUGCUGGUCUCGAUCUCUGUGCCUACCCGUAUAUAGGUUUCCAAGGACGUGAAAAUACUGCCUUUCUGGUAAACAUUCAUGAACCUAUUAUCUGGCGCAUUCAUGAGAUGAUCCAGCAAGCCAACUUGAGUAGACUAUCCGAUUCAAAGUCGACGGCUGUAUCAGUUGAUCCAUUCAUUCAAAUCGGAGUUCUUAACAUCUCCGAAGUUAAAUUUAAAGUAUCCAUGGCCAUGUCCCCCAGUCAAAGGCCAAGGGGAGUGCUUGGAUUUUGGUCAUCCCUGAUGACUGCUCUUGGGAAUACAGAAAACAUGCCAGUACGCAUAAGUGAGAGAUUUAAUGAGAACAUAUCCAUGCGCCAAAGUACUAUGAUCAAUAAUGCUAUUAGGAACGUAAAGAAAGAUCUCCUUGGCCAGCCUCUUCAGUUGCUUUCAGGUGUUGAUAUUCUUGGCAAUGCAAGCAGCGCACUUGGACAUAUGAGUCAGGGGAUAGCUGCAUUAUCAAUGGAUAAAAAAUUCAUACAAAGUCGACAGAGACAGGAGAACAAAGGCGUUGAGGACUUUGGCGAUAUUAUCAGAGAAGGAGGUGGAGCUCUUGCGAAGGGCCUGUUUAGAGGAGUCACAGGCAUAUUGACGAAGCCUCUUGAAGGUGCAAAGUCUUCAGGUGUCGAAGGCUUUGUCUCUGGUUUUGGGAAAGGAAUCAUUGGUGCUGCUGCCCAACCUGUGAGCGGAGUUCUGGAUCUUCUGUCAAAGACCACCGAAGGUGCAAAUGCCAUGAGGAUGAAGAUAGCAGCUGCCAUAACUUCAGAUGAACAACUGCUUCGUCGGAGACUUCCAAGAGCUGUUGGUGCUGAUAGCUUACUUCGUCCUUACAAUGAAUACAGAGCACAGGGACAGGUCAUAUUGCAGUUGGCAGAAUCUGGAUCAUUCCUGGGGCAGGUUGAUCUGUUUAAAGUACGUGGGAAGUUUGCACUAACAGAUGCCUAUGAAAGUCAUUUCAUUCUACCAAAAGGAAAAGUUCUGAUGAUCACACAUAGAAGAGUGAUAUUGCUACAACAACCCUCCAACAUAAUGGGCCAAAGGAAAUUUAUCCCGGCCAAAGAUGCGUGUUCUAUACAGUGGGACAUUCUAUGGAAUGAUCUGGGAACCAUGGAGCUGACUGACGGGAAAAAAGACCAACCUAACUCUCCACCCUCGCGGCUUAUUCUUUAUCUGAAAGCAAAGCCAUAUGAUUCGAAGGAACAAGUCCGUGUUGUAAAGUGCAGCCCCAACACCAAGCAGGCCUUUGAGGUUUACUCAGCCAUCGAUCAAGCCAUUAACUUGUACGGGGAGGAUGCUUUAAAGGGAAUGGUGAAAAACAAAGUUACAAGGCCAUAUUCCCCAAUGUCUGAGAGUUCUUGGGCUGAAGGGGCAUCUCAACAAAUGCCAGCUUCAGUUACACCAUCUUCAACUUUUGGCACAAGCCCUUCUUCAAGCUCAAGUUAAAGCUUGUAGAAGCUGUCAGAAUCUUUGAGCUCUCUCACCUUCCAAUCUCCCCUUCUGGCCUCCCCGGUGGGCGAGAUGAAAACACACAGAUUUGGCGGAAAAAGGACAAUUCAUUUUGUUCAAAUUUUUCUGGUGUAGGAUUUUGGUAAUCAUAUCGUAGAAAAUAUUUAAGUGUGUAUAUAUGAUAAACGUCUGCAAAUCUGUGCUGGUACUGUACAGACUUGUCCAACACUAGACUCGUAUAUCACAUCAGAUGUAUACGGGGCUUACCUUAUAUAAUUUUAUUUAUUUUUUUACAUAGAUUUCCCAAAUAAUCUA